ACGGUUGGAUGUCGGAUCGGCCAGAUUUUUUUUUAAUAAUUUGAAUCGUCAUCCUUUGGGGAAGUGAUACCGGGAAAUGUUCCAAGUGGGUACUUGACAAAAGUGAAAGUGUAAUCAUAGUGCUUCACCCCUUGUUUUCGAUGAGGGGGUGCCAAAGCGACACUUGAUCGCAUAAGUACGGCACUAGAAGCGGACAAGUGCGAAAUCAAUCGAAGGAGACCGUGGAGUGAUCAAUCAAACUGGAAGAGUUGAGCUAGAUUUUGGUGCCUACUAAGAUUGGAUAGAGGACUGGGAAAGGAUAUUCCUUAUUGAAGCAAAGACAAGAUGCUUCAACAAGGAUAUUACGAUGUGGUGCAGGCGCAUUCCGAAGUGUCGUCGGGUAGUGAAUCCAACAACAACACACCGUUCUCGGUGAAGGACAUACUCAACCUGGUGGAUCAAAACGCUGCUGCCGCGGCAGCUGCUGCAGCAGAGGCAGACUAUCUCGGAUGUUCGAUGGAAAACCCGUCAACGUCGCAUCUAAACUUAUCAUACCCAAGUUAUGACUCUGCCUACCCGCCGCACAAUGAUCCGUACCAGAUGAUACCGCAUGGCUACAUACCCGCUGCACAUCCCCACCACGAUUAUACUAACUACAGCCCGUCACCCAGCACCUGUUACGACUACAAUACGUCUACUGCUCCCCCUCCGCACUAUCACCAUCACUCGUUACCAUCCUACAGCGCUUAUCAUCAUCACGCCCAAUCCCCUAUGAUCACUGGUGCUUCUGGGGCUAUGAGCUCCGGCAGCAGCCAUUCAGAUCUGGAACUGUCCUUAGGAGUGGUUGUCGAUUCGAAAGACUGCAGCUUCCACAUCGAAGAUGUCCGGUCAACAAACCCAGCGGCUAUCAGUGGACUGGAACUGGAACACAAUUCAACGAACACGGAUUCACCCCUGAACGAUGUAACCCAAAGCAGUCCUCAACCACCUGCGCUCAAGAUUAAAGACGAUACAGGCUUUCGAAGCACACAAAGCAGUUCAAGUCGUGUCACUUCUGAGCACGUUCAAGAAUUGGACAGUCUAUGCCAAAUGAGUGUCAAUGACGAGAAAUUGACACCUAAAGAAUGCAGCACCCAGCUGGUAACAUCGUCCCGCAGUGAACUUCGCAAAAAUGGGAAGCUCAGAGCGAAACGGAAACCACGCAUACUGUUCACGCAAGGACAAGUGCUAGAGUUGGAGCGAAGGUUCCGUCAACAGCGGUACCUCUCGGCACCGGAACGGGAAACCCUCGCCGGAAUAUUGAAGCUUACGCCGACACAAGUGAAAAUUUGGUUCCAGAAUCGACGCUACAAGUCCAAGCGCAUUCAAAUUGAGAAUGCAACCGCCGCGAAGGAAGUCGUCAGCAAGGAAGCCGAAAAGGGCAAGAAUAUGUCGGCUGAAUUUAUCGAAGAUUCGGUAGGAAGUUAUUCGAACGGAUAUUCCAUAGGUUCUGUUGCAGCAGUUGCAGCUCCACCACCUCCGCCGCCGCCAUAUCCUGCCUACGGAAUACAGUAUGGGAGUGACCAGUAUGGGGCGCCGCCAAAUCCGUACUAUGAUCAGAAAGGCUAUUGGUAGGGGCAGAUAUUAGUUUUAAAUGGUGUACAGAAAUGGUUCGAAUGAUUACCAAAGUGCUAAGGUGGAGACAGCAGAGGCAUAAACUCUUCGUAGGUUGUAAGUCCAAUGUAGAUAGACAAGACAAUAAACAUAAAGCUUAAUUCAU